AACCUUAGUAUAAUCUGUUUGAUAUAACAACUGAGAAGAUCUAGGACAUAGUAGCGGACUGUAGAAGUUUCUAUGUGUAUAUAACUAUAUAUACACUGAAAUCUUGCUUCCGAAGUAAGUUUCCAAUCUCACAAAAACCCUAACCCUAACUCUUACUCUGUUAGUGUUGAAUCAUGGCGAUAAUUUCCGAAUACCAGGAGGAGGAAAGGCCUCCGUCUACAUCCACAUUCAAUGGAACUCUCGAUCAUUCGAAUCCGCUGGAGUUUCUGAGGUCGGUGUUCCUGUUUGUUUCUCGGGAAACCGAUUUCUUCAAGAGGGAGGCAGCGGAGAAGGAGGUGGCGAUGCUGGCGAGGGGGAUCAGGGAGGAGGAGAGGAAGAAGAAGGCGGAGGAGAGGGACCUGGAGGAUAAGGGAAAGGCGGAGAAGCGGCUGAAGGAGACUAAGGUGGAGCCUGAGAAGAAGGCGGAGAAGGCGGAGAAGGCGAAAGAGAAGGUGGAGGAUGCGAAGGCAGAGGAGAAGGAGGGAACGCAAGUUCCAAAUAAAGGGAACGGCCUUGAUCUGGAGAAGUAUUCCUGGAUGCAGACACUGCAAGAGGUUACUGUUACUGUGCCAGUCCCUCCUGGAACCAAAUCAAGGUUUAUAGUAUGUGACAUAAAGAAGAAUCAUUUGAAGGUUGGGCUUAAGGGCCACCCUCCAAUAAUUGAUGGAGAACUCUCUAAGCCUAUCAAGCCUGAUGAUUGCUUUUGGAGCUUAGAGGAUCAGAAAUCCGUCUCUAUCCUGUUGACCAAGCAUAACCAAAUGGAGUGGUGGAAAUCUUUGGUGAAAGGCGAUCCUGAAAUUGAUACCCAGAAAGUUGAACCAGAGAACAGCAAGCUGUCUGACCUUGAUCCAGAAACCCGCCAAACUGUGGAAAAGAUGAUGUUUGACCAGAGACAGAAAACUAUGGGACUUCCAACAAGCGACGAGAUGCAGAAACAGGAGAUUCUAAAGAAGUUCAUGGCUGAGCAUCCGGAGAUGGACUUUUCCAGGGCAAAGAUUUCAUAAACAGGUAAGUGUCGUGUCAAUUAGCAUCUCUUUGUGGCUGAACAUCAUGUGGAAGUCCCUUUUUUCAUAUGGUAGAACAUUGUUCAUAUGGGCUUGUGAAUUCUCAAAAGGAUUACAUAAUUUACUUUUUUUUGGUUUUAAUGUGGGAUGUUUUCUUUGUCUAUGAAGAACCGGUCUGAUUUGGUUUCUUCACCUAAGUUGGGAGAAGAGGAAUGCUAAAUUAAUUUGAUCUUAAUUUCUAA